UUUGUCUUGAACGUUACAAUUGUUCCCUCUUUCUUCAUUCCUUUUUUAGCAUCACCGUCAGAUUGGACGUUCAUACCCGAGACCUGUUUUCCCCUCCCCUCUCUCUCUCUAUCUCUCUAAAAAACCAUUAAAGAACUGGAGCAGAAGGUUCUUGAACAUCAGAUACCACAUGUCACUGCUGGCUUGAAUAAAUAACCGGUCGAGUUUCUGAUCGAUUUCCCGGUCUUGAGUUUGACGGAUCGGAGAAAUGAGUUUCAAAGCAUUUGAGAGUAGCAGUUCCGGUGCUUUCCGGUUUCCUCCGCCUCCCGGACCGGCGGCGUUGGGUUUAGAAGAACCGGAGAAGAGAACCGGCGAGCAAAGCCACAGGCUUUGCGCCAGGGGCCAUUGGAGACCUCACGAAGAUUCCAGGCUGCGAGAGCUCGUUGCUAAGCACGGCCCGCAGAACUGGAAUCUGAUUGCUGAAAAGAUUCCUGGGAGAUCAGGAAAGAGCUGCAGAUUGAGGUGGUUUAACCAGCUGGACCCGAGGAUAAACACGAAGGCGUUCACGGAGGAGGAAGAGGAGAGGCUGCUAACGGCGCACCGCUUGUACGGCAACAAAUGGGCUAUCAUCGCCCGUCUCUUCCCUGGACGGACGGAUAACGCCGUCAAGAACCACUGGCAUGUCAUCAUGGCCCGCCGCCACAGACACCAAACCACUGGCGGCGCCAGGAGGAGACACCCCAGAAACCAAAACAACAACAAUACCAUGGAUUCUAACAACCUCGUCCAAAUCAAAAACCUUAACGAUGAAUCCGCGGCCUCUACUUGCACAGAUCUUUCCCUCUCUACUUCAUCUUCGUCUUCGUCCAAACUCCCUCCUAACCAUUUCCACCUCACUGGAUUUGGCCCCACUCCAACUCACCAUCACCAAAUCCUCCACACAACUCCAGGGGGCGUGAAAGCAGCAGAGGCAAGUGGCCGGCGGCCAGAGUCGUCACCGGACUCGCUUAUCACUGCAUCUGACUCAGUAGCGAACAACAACAACUAUGGCAGUGAAGCAGAGAUGUGUGGGCAAAACCAGACUGCAAUUUAUGACAAUAAGUUCAACAACAAAAUGCUCUUCUUCGAUUUCCUAGGAGUCGGAGCCAACUGAGAAAACCAAAACCCAACCAAAAAAAAAAAAAGUUUUUUUUUUACUAUUAUUAUCUGGGGCGUUGAGGAAGAGAAGAUCAGAGUAGGCAGUUGACAAUUAAGCCAAGCAGAGACCGUCCUAACCACUUGGCGCUGCAACAACGUAGGAAAAAACGAAACCUGGCCUGGCGUUUGGUUAGUUGGUUGGGAGAAGAUGAUGAUGAUAUAAUUAAGGUAAAAAUGGGUUGGAUGCUCUAUCUGCAUCUAUCUUAGUUGUUCAAUCCGAAUAACAUUUGUAUAUGUUAAUUACUAUAGAGAUGAAAAAUGAGGCAUCAACAACCCAGCCCAUUCAUUUCAACGUUUCAACGUUUAACUCCCCUAAAAUUAGUGAUGUAAUUGACUCCAUUUCCACUUCAUCCAUCUGUCCCAUUUUCAUGCUAAAGACACACCCCAAGCAGUCUUUGUUGAAAACACACAAAAAAGCUCAUCAAAAGCCUUAAUCUAUGCGACUUUGCACUGCCA